AUGGAGCGCCCCGAGCCCGCCGAGGUGCGCAUGAGCCAGGCCAUCCAGCCCGCGCACGCCAACCCGCGCGGCGAGCUGAGCGCCGGGCAGCUUCUCAAGUGGAUCGACGCCACCGCCUGCCUGGCUGCUGAAAAGCAUGCUGGGAUUUCCUGUGUUACAGCCUCAGUGGAUGACAUACAAUUUGAGGAGACAGCUAGAGUUGGACAAGUGAUAACCAUCAAAGCGAAAGUUACCAGAGCAUUCAGCACAAGCAUGGAGAUCAGCAUCAAGGUGAUAGUACAGGACAUGCUCACUGGUAUUGAGAAACUUGUUAGUGUGGCUUUCUCUACAUUUGUAGCCAAACCAGUUGGAAAAGAAAAGAUUCAUUUAAAACCAGUCACACUUCUGACUGAGCAAGAUCAUGUGGAACAUAAUCUGGCUUCAGAGAGAAGGAAAGUUCGAUUACAUCACGAAGAUACCUUUAAAAACUUGAUGAAAGAAAAUAGCGAGUUUGAUGAUCCCAUUUGUGAUGAAGAGGAAGGAAUGGUUUCUACAGGUGGCACCGCUGUUCAGAGCAUUGAACUUGUCCUCCCACCCCAUGCAAACCAUCAUGGAAAUACAUUUGGUGGCCAAAUUAUGGCUUGGAUGGAGAGUCUGGCUACUAUUUCUGCAAGCCGCCUCUGUAGGGCACACCCCCUUCUAAAGUCCGUGGACAUGUUUAAGUUUCGGGGACCAUCUGCUGUUGGAGAUCGUCUUGUUUUCAAUGCCAUUGUCAACAAUACAUUUCAGACCUGUGUUGAAGUGGGAGUGCGCGUGGAAGCCUUUGACUGUCAGGAGUGGUCUAAGGGCCAAGGCCGUCACAUCAACAGUGCUUUUCUCAUUUAUAAUGCUGUCAAUGAUAAGGAAGAAAUGGUCACAUUUCCCAGAAUCAAACCCCUAUCAAAGGAUGAUUUUAGACGGUAUCGUGGAGCUAUUGCACGCAAGAGAAUUCGCCUAGGCAGAAAAUAUGUUACUUCCCACAAAGAAGAAGUGCCAGUUUGUGUACAAUGGGACAUAAGCAACCAGGUAUCCCUGAGUAAUGCCAAUGUGGAGGCUCUCAAAAAUCUGGCAGCCAAGAGUGGCUGGGAGGUUACCAGUGCUGUGGAAAAGGUAGGAGGCAUCCAGUCUAUGUACAACCUGCUGUCCAUCACAAAUGAAAGUUGUCAUGCUGCUGGUGGUGGUUCUGCUUCUACUGCUGCUUUUAAGAAGAUAAAAAUAUAUACCCUGGAAGAGCAUGACCUUUUAUCUGUUUGCGUUGAAAAGCAUGUGGAAAGACCAGCACACUUGACUUACCAUCUCCUGUCUGACUUUACCAAGAGACCUUUGUGGGACCCUCAUUUCGUGUCCUGUGAAGUCAUAAACUGGGUGAGUGAAGGUGAUCAGAUAUAUUAUAUCACUUGUCCUAUAGUGAAUGGUGACAAACCCAAAGACUUGGUAGUACUUGUAUCACGAAGAAGGCCUCUCAAAGAUGGUAGCACUUACACGGUAGCAGUGAAAUCGGUUCUUCUGCCUUCAGUCCCCCCUUGUCCACACUACAUCAGAAGUGAAAUCAUAUGUGCUGGAUUUCUCAUCCGUGCUAUUGACAGCAGCUCCUGUACCGUAUCAUACUUCAACCAGAUUUCUGCUAGCAUCUCUCCUUACUUUGCUGGAAAUCUUGGUGGCUGGUCAAAAUCCAUAGAAGAGACAGCAGCCUCUUGUAUAAAAUUCAUAGAGAAUGCUACUGAUGGUGGGUUGAUAAACACAUUUUAAAUGGUAAACUGUCACUUACUUCCAGUUUUAUUUACCACUCUCAAUUCCACGUACCCUUAGCCCU